AUACAAUUAAAUUUAUUGAAUUAUUAAUAAACUUUAUAAUAUUUAUUAUUAAUAUAUAUUAUAAUAUAUUAUAUUAUAUAUUAUAUAACAUUAUAUAUUUGUUUAUGCUCAAUCGCCGACAGCAGCUAAUGCUAUUAUUGCGGUUCGACUAGGUUACAUGCUUCGUGAUUAGCGUUUUUUUAUUAACUCGUUAACAUAACCGCAACGAAAAUUUUUGAGAAAAAAAAGUAUUUGAAAAAUCUCUAAUUUACAUUCUAAUAUUUUUCAUAUUAUAUUUUGUAUAUCAUAUUUUAAAAGAUUAAUAAAAUAGUUAAAAAAUAUUUUUAUUAAUAAUUAAUAAUUAAUAAAUAAAUUACUAAAAUUUUUUAAUUUUUUUAUAUUAAUAUAUAUAUCAUAAAUAAUAAUAUUUUGUGAAAGACGAAUGAAUUAUAUUUAAAAUUUUAUACGAAAAACUAAACAUAUUUACAAUUUAUAUAACAAUAUGUUUAAAACGUACAUACAUACAUAAUAUAUGCAAUUAUAUAUUUAUAUAAUAUAAUUUAUAUAUUAAACGGUACUAAUAUAUAAUUAUUUCAUCAACCAAUAACUAAAUUCAAAAUAUGCGUUAUACAUUUUGAUUUGCUUAUUUCUAGUAACUUUAUUCGAUGAAUAUCCAUAGAUACAAUGAAUAUAUACCACAAUUUUCUUUCAUGUCAGUAAUAUCUUACAAAAAAUACUAACUAGUGAUUUUUAUGUAAAAGCGCUAGUCACAGUUGUAUUUGAUAUUUGUCUUUAGUAAGAAGAAUAAGAAAGUCAAGAUAAAAUAAUUAAAAAUGGCUACUUCUAAAACAACAAAUAUGUAUAAUAGGCAAAAUUGGGAAGAUGCAGAAUUUCCAAUAUUAUGUCAAACUUGUUUGGGUGACAAUCCAUAUAUUCGAAUGACAAAAGAAAGAUAUGGAAAAGAAUGUAAAAUAUGUAUGCGUCCAUUUACAGUAUUCAGGUGGUGUCCAGGUGCAAGAAUGCGAUUUAAAAAGACUGAAGUUUGUCAAACUUGUAGUCGUUUGAAAAAUGUCUGUCAAACAUGUUUACUUGAUUUAGAAUAUGGUUUGCCAAUUCAAGUACGUGAUGCAGCACUUAAAAUUAAAGAUGAUUUACCAAGAUCGGAUGUAAACAAAGAAUAUUAUGUACAAAAUAUAGAUAGUGAAAUUGGUAAAAUAGAUCCCACAUCACCAGCAGGUGCUGUUGGUAAAUCUGCAGCUGCUAGUGAUUUAUUGAUGAAAUUAGCAAGGACUAGUCCUUAUUAUAAAAGAAAUAGACCACACAUUUGCUCCUUUUGGGUUAAAGGAGAAUGUAAAAGAGGAGAAGAAUGCCCAUAUCGUCAUGAGAAACCUACUGAUCCUGAUGAUCCAUUAGCUGAUCAAAAUAUUAAAGAUCGUUAUUAUGGAGUUAAUGAUCCUGUUGCUGAUAAAUUAAUGCGCAGAGCUGCAGCUAUGCCUAAAUUGGAUCCACCAGAAGAUAAGUCCAUUACAACUUUAUAUGUUGGUAACUUGGGAGAUGUUUUAACAGAAAAGCAGUUACGUGAUCACUUUUAUCAAUAUGGAGAAAUACGUUCUGUAACUAUGGUUCCUCGUCAACAAUGUGCUUUUAUUCAGUAUACACAAAGAAGUGCUGCUGAAGCAGCUGCAGAAAGAACAUUUAAUAAAUUAAUAUUAGGAGGACGAAGAUUAACAAUUAAAUGGGGACGUUCGCAAGGAAGGCAAACUGUUUCUGCAGCAGAAGCAACUAGAGAAAUCUUAGAACCUGUACCAGGUCUUCCUGGUGCUCUACCACCUCCACCAGAAAGUAUGGGAAAUAAUUUUUUCAAUCUUCAAACUACUCCUGGUAUGAUGCCACCAAUGAUGAUACCACCUCCACCAGUUGCUCCUCAAUAUAUGUUUCCACCUCAAAUGGCACCUGCCACUGCAACACCAAUUUUUCCACCUGGAACAGCUCCAAUACAUUAUCCCAGUCAAGAUCCAUCAAGAAUGGGUGCAUCUCAAGGAAUAGGAAAACCUUGGCCCGAAGAAUAAUAAUAAAAUUUAAAUUUGUACUAAUUGUAAUUAUAGCAAAAAAAUAUGUAAAAAAAUAAAUAUAUAACUUUGAUUUUCUUUAAA